CCGGUACGAGAGAAGGUCGCGGUCCUCUCAGACAAGGUGGUGGACUCCAACCCGUACUCGCGCCUGAUGGCUCUGAAGAAGAUGGGUGUGGUGAAGAACUACGACGAGAUCCGACACAAGACGGUGGUGGUGGUUGGCGUGGGUGGUGUCGGCUCAGUCGCCGCCGAGAUGCUCGUGCGGUGCGGCGUCGGCAAACUGCUCAUCUUUGACUAUGACAAGGUCGAGCUCGCAAACAUGAACCGGCUCUUCUACACACCCGACCAGUGCGGGCUGAGCAAGGUGGCCGCGGCGAAGAAGUCGCUCUCCUUCAUCAACCCGGAUGUCGAGAUUGAGGACUACAACUACAACAUCACGACGAUGGACAACUUUGAGCACCUGAUGGGGCGCAUCUCGAACGGCGCCCUCGGCGGCGGCGCCGUCGACCUCGUGCUCUCGUGCGUCGACAACUUCGCCGCGCGCAUGUCCAUCAACCAGGCCUGCAACGAGCUCGGGCAGACGUGGUUCGAGUCUGGCGUCUCCGAGGACGCCGUCUCGGGCCACAUCCAGCUCCUCAAGCCGGGCGAGCUCGCGUGCUUCGAGUGCGCGCCGCCCCUCAUCGUCGCGUCGGGCGAGGACGAGAAGACGCUGAAGCGCGAGGGCGUGUGCGCCGCCUCCCUCCCCACCACCAUGGGCAUCGUCGCUGGCUUCCUGGUCCAGAACGCGCUCAAGUACCUCCUCGGCUUCGGCGACCCGUGCCCCGCACCCGCAGGCUACUCCGCGCUGCGCGACCACUUCCCGACGAUGGCACUCCGGCCAAACCCGGACUGCGCCUCCAGCUGGUGCCGCAGGCGCCAGGCCGAGUAC